ACGUUUUGUCUAUGCCGCGCCAGUCAGUCAUUGAACCAUUUAUGAACGAACGACAGCUAGAAUCUCAGAGGCCCCGCCUAUAAAUCUGUUAUUUUAUUUCAGUUAGUUUUACCGCGAUGAUAUUAUUAUAAAGCAGGAAAUUAGAUAUACAAGAGUGAAGACUGCACCAUGGGCACAACGAUGAAGCUGCUAUGUUUGUUGGCGGCCGCGGCGCACUGUUCGGCGCUAUUGACGUCGCCGCCGCGGAUAGUGAAGCAGCCAGCGAUGGAGGAGCAGCUGUUCAUGGUGGCGCAGCCCGGCGAGGCCGACAAGCCCUUCAUCAUCGAGUGCGAGGCCGAGGGCGAACCCGCGCCACAGUACAGAUGGGUGAAAAACGGCAAACCCUUCGAAUAUGCCAGUUACUCCGACCGAAUGUCGCAACAACCCGGCCGGGGCUCUCUAGUCGUCAGCAAGCCCAAAGACGAGGACAUGGGCCAGUACCAGUGCUUCGCUUACAACGAGUGGGGCACGGCCACAUCUAACUCUGUCUUCGUACGGAAAGCCGAGCUGAACUCGUUCAAAGAUACCGGGGACGGUGCACAGAAACUGCUCACCGCUCAAGAAGGUCGCCCGUUCAAACUGACCUGCCACCCGCCCGACGGCUGGCCCAAACCAAACGUCUACUGGAUGUUGCAAGGCGACCAGGGCCAGCUGAAGACCAUCAACAAUUCUCGAAUGACUCUCGAUCCUGAGGGCAACCUCUGGUUCUCGAAUGUGACGCGCUACGACGCCAGCGAGGACACUAACCUAGCUUACACUUGCGCAGCCAAAUCCUUGUUCAGGAACGAGUACAAGCUCGGCAACAAGGUGUUUCUGAAAGUGAAGCAGACUGGCGGGAUAUCGCCGACGCAGAACAAGUACCCGCCUGAGGAGCAAUACACCACGAGAAGAAACGAAGUCGCGCUGAGAGGGAAAAAGGCGGAGAUCUACUGUAUAUACGGCGGAACACCGCUCCCUCAAAUAGUGUGGAAGAAAGACGGACAGACCAUCCUAUCAUCGAGUCGCGUGACGCAGGACAACUACGGCAAGACGCUGGUGAUCAACCCCGUGACCAAUAGCGACAAGGGCACGUACACCUGUGAAGUCAGCAAUGGAGUCGGAUCCGCGCAGUCGCACUCCGUCAACCUCUACAUUAAAGCCGCCCCAUACUUCACUGUAGCCCCGGAAUCCCUGAAUCUGGCCGAAAACGAGACCGCCGUGAUCCGAUGCAAGGCCGACGGCUCUCCCGACCCGCAGAUCAAGUGGGUGUACAACGGCGAGCCCAUCGAGCGCUCGCCGCCAAACCCGCGCCGCACUGUAGCGGCGGACUCCAUCACCAUCACAGGACUUACCAAGAAGGACACCGGCAACUACGGCUGCAACGCUACCAACUCCAUCGGCUACGUGUAUAAGGAUAUCUACAUUAAUGUCCAAUCGAUCCCGCCGGAGAUCAGAGAAGGACCCGAGAAUGCGACUAAAGUGGACGGGUCCGAGGUGGUGAUGCGCUGCCGAGUGUUCGGCGCGCCGCGGCCCAUCGUCAAGUGGAUGCGCAACGACGUCGAGCUCACCGGUGGCAACUUCAACAUUACCACGAUGGGCGACCUGGUGAUUCGCAGAGUAGGGUACAGCGACGCCGGCGUGUACCGCUGUUACGCGCAGAAUAGCUUCGGCGAGAAGUCUGCAUACGGCACACUCGAAGUCAAACAGCGGUCCACCAUCAAGAACGAACCUGAAGACUACGAGGUGGCGGCCGGCUCGCAGGCCACGUUCCGCUGCACGCCCGACACGGACCCCGACCUCCACACCGAUGUCACCUGGGAGUUCAAGGGCCAAACCAUCGACUUCGAAGGCCAACCGCGCUACAAGAUGACUAAUGACUAUUCGCUGCUCAUCUCCGACACCAUCGAGCUGGACUCGGGCCCGUACCAGUGCGUCGUCAAGACUCCCAUCGACGAGGCCCGCGCGGAAGCCACGCUCAUCGUGCAAGAUCGACCCAAUCCCCCCGUGUUAAUCGACGUCGAGUGCCGCGAGAAAGUGGCCAACCUGCACUGGGAGCCUAAAGGCGACAACCGCGCGCCCAUCCUGCGCUACUCCAUCCAGUACAACACCACGUUCACGCCCGCCACCUGGGACACGGCCAACGACAACGUGCCCGCCAUAGAAGCCUCCUGGACGGUGGAGUUGACCCCCUGGGCUAACUACACGUUCCGCGUGGUGGCGCACAACAAGAUCGGGCCGUCGGCGCCGUCGGGACACUCGGAGGUGUGCACGACGCAGCCCGACGUGCCCUACAAGAACCCCGACAAGGUCGAGGGGCGUGGUCGAGCGCCAAACAAUAUGGUCAUAUUUUGGUCGAAAAUGCCCCAAAUCGAGCACAACGGCCCCGGCUUCUACUACCAGGUGUCAUUCAAGCGCAACGACACGGGCGAGGGCUGGACCGACCAGACCGUGCAGGACUGGCGCCAGAGCGAGCUGCUAGUGCCAAAUACGCCCACAUUCGUACCCUACAAGAUCAAGGUUGUCGCGUGGAACUCCAAGGGAGCGUCGAACGUGGCCCCCGUGGAGGUGAUCGGCUGGUCCGGCGAGGACAAGCCUCUCCUGGCGCCCACCAACUUCACCCUCGUGGAGGUCAUCUCCGGCAACGAGGCGCUGCUCAGCUGGAACCCCGUGCCGCCCGAGUCCGUGCGGGGACACUUCAACGGGUACCGCAUACAAACGUGGACUGACGGAGAGGAGGAUCAAGUUCGCGAGGUCAAGGCCAAGUCCGACGCCACCAAGGUCAUGAUCAACAUCCUCAAGCCGCACAAAAAGAACAAUGUCCGCAUCAUGGUGUACAACGGCUUCGACAACGGCCCGCCCAGCGACACGCUCAGCUUCGUCACCCCCGAGGGCAAACCCGGACCAGUCCGCUCCUUCAACGCGUACCCCAUCGGCUCCUCCGCCAUGCUGCUGACCUGGGACAAGCCCAUGGAGGAGAACGGCGUGCUCACCGGGUACAAGGUGUACUACGCCAAGACUGUCGGCACGCAGGUGGAGCCUUGGGUGGAGCGCAAGAAAGUGAUCGACAGCAAGUUCGACCGCGCCAAGCUGGCCGGCCUGCAGCCCGACACCAAGUACCGCAUCGAGCUGCGCGCCAUGACCAAGGCCGGCGAGGGCAAGGGCUACUUCGUGGAGCAAGCCACGCGCGCCGACCUGCUCGCCGUGCCCGACGUGCCGCACUUCACCGCGCACGUCGUGCCGCCGCCCCCCGAGCCGCUCGCCAAGCCCGGCAGCUCCCCGCCCUCCCCGUCCCCCGCCGUGCACGUGCUGGUGCGCUGGCAGCCCGCGCUCGAGGGACAUCCCGGCACGCACUUCCAGGCCUCGUACAGAUUGAAAGAUCACCCGCAGUGGGAGCAGUGGCCGAUGGAGAUGGAUGACGAUUACGUCAUCCUCAAGGGGCUGGAGCCCAACAGGGUAUACGACGUGAAGGUGACCGCCUACGACGGAGACUACUUCACCGAUAGCGAGAUCAAACAAGUUGACACCACUAAUGACGGUCCGAUCAUAAUGCUGGACAACAAGUCGGCGCAGGCGGGCUGGUUCAUCGGCGUGAUGCUGGCGCUGGCGUUCCUGCUGCUGGUGCUGGUGCUGGUGUGCGUGGCGCGGCGCAACCGCGGCGGCAAGUACGACGUGCACGACCGCGAGCUGGCCGCCGGCCGUCGCGACCAUCCCGACACCGGCUUCCACGAGUACACGCAUCCACUGGACAACAAGUCGCGGCACUCCAUGAGCAGCGGCAACAAGCCCGGCCCGGAGAGCGACACCGACUCCAUGGCCGAGUACGGCGAAGGAGAAACUGCGGGCAUGAACGAGGACGGCUCGUUCAUCGGGCAGUACGGCCGCAAGCGCCGCCCGCACCCAGGUCGCUUCACGGAGGACGGGUCGUUCAUCGGGCAGUACGUGCCGGGCGCCCGCGUGCUGCCCCCCGCGCCGCCCGAGCCCCCCGCCCCCGCCACCGCCCCCGGCACCGCCCGAGGCGCACAACCCCCCACCUACGUCUAGUCUACACACUAAUACAUAUCCCUGUAUGACGGUACGCAGCUAUGAGGAUGAGGGGCGUCCGACACAUUAAUCUUAUCGAAGAAAUAAACGAUGCUAGAAUUAUGUCUGACGCCUCUCUCCUGAGAAACCGAUAGUAUAAUGAGGAGGAUACGCUACAUGUGAUGAGGGAAGACUGCGAUUGGUGCCUCUAGACAAAAAUGCGCGCUAGUGGAUUUCUUUAAUGAGCGUGUACGUAUCUUUACUUACAAUUACUUGUAGCUGGAGUUCGUUCGUAUUCGAUAUUAGCAGAUCAAUUGUACAACCAAAUAAUAGAUCUGCCAAACUCGUUUCUGUGUAAACAGAGGGAUAUAAAGUACCUUUCUGACAAGGUACGCAAGUGUAAACGUUCUAAAUAAAAAAGAUACGUUAAAUGAAUAAGUCUACAAUACAAGUAACCGUUUAACGUAUAUUUUGAUAUUUGGAACGAUAGAGCGAGAGACGGUGCAAGAAAGUAAACGUGGCAUGUGCAAGCUCCUAGUUGCCUUCUAUCUCCUGCGGUAGCAGCAUGGUUGUAUUUUUAUCGCCUGUCACUAUGCCUGUCACUUUCGCACUUACAUACUUGUUAGAACGUGACAGGUAUAGUGACAGGCGAUAAAAAUGCGACCGUGCUUAACCCGCUGGACUGUUUUAAAAGGAGGCCGUGACGCUCGCACCGUCUCUAGCUGCGACGAGUCAAAUAUCUUUAGACGUAAAUAUGUAAUGGGUGUUAGUGAUUCGUUUCUAAAAAUCACGAUGACUAAGAUCAAUAUUAUCACUACAUAUUGACUAAACUCACACUCGAUAGAAUCUCGAUACGAAACUCGAACGCUCUGAUGAAGUAGCCACAAUUGACUGUUUUAAAUGUUAACGUCGAUGACGUGUUUUAUUUCUAAAGCUAUACUGCCACUAAUUGGAUGUAAGCACAAGCUGCGUGAUGUAUGGUUUUACUUCAGGCUUAUAGUGAAUACUACAAUCCUCAUUGAUACAAGCUAAACUAUUAUAAACCCUAAACUGUUGAAACUUUGUCAAGAAACUUCCGCCUAAACCACAUAAUGUUUUUGUCUAGGUAUUUCGUUUUAGAACCCCUCAAUAUUCACUCUAAGCCUGAGGCAUUUUAGUUAAAAUUUAUUAGCUCUAGGGCCAAGUUAGUGUAAGCUGAAACUGAUGCCUACUUAUUCGGGCCCGUCGGUGUCAGUAGUGAUGGCUAUUAGUGGGAAUUAGGUUUUAUAUAAAACAAUUUCGUUCCGCCAUCGACAUGCUAUAGUAAUUCAACGUGGACACUUUAAUAUUGACAUUGUUUGUGUACAAAUCUUUAUUAUAAAAUUAGGGUUGCCUCACAUCAGAUAUGAAUAAUGCUUAGCUUUAGAUGUUGCCAAUUAAUUUUGUAAACUUUACUGAACUUUUCAAGCUAAGGCAACGUACAUACUUGUCAACUAACAUUACUAUCUUGAAGUGUCACGUCCCAUCGAUUUAUCGGUAUUCAUUGUGCGUCUGUGAUUAUUCAACAGAUUAGUUUAUUUAUGAGACUGAUUUUAAGUAAUAAAACUUUUUUAUAAUAGUCCUCAUAAUCUGGCACAUUUUAAAUAAUCGGCUUGUAGGCGAUGUUUUGGCUCGAUAUCAAUUACAUGUGAAUUAGUUAGGUCGCGGGGUGAUAUAGAGAGAAGCUAUUUUUGUCACAGAAAAUAGGGUAAUUGAUUAAAAAAUAGCUCUGGGCACCGGUGGUCACUGCUGGCGCGUUUACGGUCUGCGGAAAUGUCUACAGACUACAGUAUUGUCAAUCAAUGUACAAAAUAGAGAUGCAGACUCCAAGUCCCAUAUUCUCUCUUUGAAUUAUUUUUUAUAUCAUAUUCAUAUCUCUUCUAUUUCUAUUGUUAAAAUUCUUCUGGUGUGUAUAAUAAAAACUAAGAUGGAAGCUUAAUCGCGUACGCGUCAACCAUCAGUUGAAAAAUCCUAGUAGAUUAAGGGUCUCCCCAGACCUAUCGACGCGGAAUCGGUAGGUGUGGGGAGACCCUAAAAUAAGGGUAGGAAUAAUCCAGAGGAAUGUAUUGAUCUUAUCAAACCAUAUAUUUAUCCUACCCGGUCGACAGUUGAUUCGUAAGACGAAGUGUGACGUUUCGGACCACAAAGAUGCAUAUUUUGGAAUUAUACUAUGACAGUUCAGUAGCGUCUCGACAAAAACCUAUUUUCUAACAGAGCUAUCUAUAUACUUCCUUCAUAUACGGCUAGGCUUGCUGUAUACAGACGUGUUUAUCCGUUUAUUUGGAAUAGUACCUUUGUGUAAUAAACUCUUAUUGCGUUCACUCUCAGAUGCCAGUUUAUGUAGAAAUAUUUCGGGUUCUGAUGGGUUCUGGUUGUGUCAAAAUCCCGGUUGUUAUCGUACAAUACGUACACUUCCUUUUGAUAUUGUAUAAUCAUACCUGGUCAAGGAAAUACAAUGAAGAAAGGAACAUAAUUUUUUAUUAGUUUUAGAAACAAAUAGUCAGCUUUUAGUUAUAAUAAGAUAGGUCGUAUGUAUACGCAAUGAGAGUAAUUUCAAUCAAAUACGUAAAGGUUAGACACGGCUGUAAAGGCUUUUACAUUGCAAUUUGGAGAGGCAAAUUUAUGUAACGUAAUACUAUGAGAAUGUAAAAUCGCUGGUGCGAGAAAGCAAUACGAGUCAAUGACAAUCGAUUAACUCAUGUUAUAAUUUACAACAUACCGACAUCAACAUACUUAAAGUAAGUAAACUAAAUAAAAUCUGUAGUUUCGGUUUUGAUAACUGGCAGGUUAAGCGAUGGUCAGUGAGUCGUAAAUACGGUAAAUGAUAUAUUUUAAUAUGUGUGUGUGUAUAAAGUGAGAUAUUUUUGUACGCAAUCAGCUUGGCCACCGGCGGGUGUUGGUACUGUUGGUGCUUCGGUCGAGGCGUCGUGGGUAGCGUAGUCCGGGCGUAGUACACCAGGCGCACUAGUCAACACCGACGAUGCAAACAUAUGUUUAUUUACUCGGUUAUAAGGUUGCUAUUUGUGUAAGUUGCUUCUCAAAAAUCUUAACGUCAAUAUUAUUUUAACAUGUCACGUGUGUAUUUAUUACUUUUGAGUUUGAUCAAACCAGGUUUUUACAUUUGGACGGAAUUGCGAUCAGAUGUUGCGUGUUGACUGGUGAGCUGAAUUCCUUUUUUUAAUAAUUCAAAGUUGAUCUUAUACCUGUUCGUGUAACUAGAUGUACUACAUAUUAUAUCACUAGAGAUGAGCGUCGGAAGAUCAAACGUUUAGACACAAAGAGAAUCUCUGUAUGUAUUAAGGCUUAUUUGGUAUUCCUCUUCUCAUAAGAUAUUUGUUCGCACCACAAGUUAUCCCAAGUUAAUGUUUCUGUGUCCGGUCGCUACGAGUGGAGAGGUAUUUUGAAUUUCACGGUCAUGAACGUCAAGUGCAGUAUGAUGCUUCAGACAGUAUCUGUCGUAUUUGCCAGUAAUUGUUCUGGCACAGUAAUACCAGGUGGCGUUAGGCUGGCUGUCAAUGAGGGCUAUCGUUUUUUUGCUCACCAGUUGGCGCCUCUGUUGAUGGUGGUCCAAAAGACUAAAGAACAGCUGUCAGUCAUUGAAGUGACAAGUGACAUUUGACAUUUCGAACGAUGGAAAAGACCACCAUCUACACUAGCGCCCCUAGCGGCGAAUUCAUACCCUCAUUGUGUCAUGUUGGGGAGUAGAGUAGGCUUCGCUCCUUGCGGCCGGCGCGGCGCUCGAGUAUAGGUAUCGUAUUAGAUGUAAGGCUAGGUCUCGUGUUAACUAAUGUUAGGCAGACAUUGCGUUCGCUUGUCGCAUCUGUACUCUCAUAUUUAUUAUUUGCAUUACACUCAAAUAUUAUCGAGCACGCAGCGCGAUACGAUGUCGGAUGAGAUGUCGCCGAGAACGACAAUUUGACCGACAUCGUAAUUGCACAUUUAUUAUUAAUUUAUAUAUCUGUGUUAUAGUUUCUUCUUCGCCUGAAAGGUGUCGGGUCCUAUGUAAUACAUUCCACGCGGUAAAACCAUGUUGAUUUUCAGAUGUCUCUUUAUUAAUGUUUUCUUGCGGCGGCCGUCAGAUGAGAUCUGUCACGUUUCUUAAACUUAAGACUGUGUCGUGUGCAAUGGAAAACAUUUAAUUAUUAUUUGACGUAAUAUUUUAUUUAUUAAUUUACCACCCCUGUAUAGCACGAUGUAACAUGAAUGCAAUCUCGGUCGUUCUCAUUUAGAGCUUACUGUAACUAUUGGUACCUUGAACAUUGCAUUAUAUUUAUAUUUGAAGGCACUGUUAUCAUAACCCCUUUAAGUUGUUUGUUAAGAAGUCUUUAUCAUGUCUAUUGUCUAGUAAGAUUUUAAUAUAUAUUAAUAUUAAUUAAUAGUAAGAGAGCCUUGUUCGAUUCGCGUCUGUUUCGUCGCUUUUUUAUACCGCGCUGUUGAUGAUUGUAAUUCUUUGCCUUAAUAAAUAUUUGUUAAUCAAAAUGACAAUUUGAAGACGUUGAUUGUUAAUGGAACCCACCAAAUUUACGGUGAUCUUGUCACUGCCUUUUAUCCAAAAUUGUUUUAUAUGAGGGAACGAACUCACUGUAUCGUCACUACUAGCGUCAUUUAACACAGCAGUUGGCUUGUCACUUUACCCAUUAUAGUCAUACCUUGUAAGUUCGUUCCCCUGUUCCCGUGUGUUCAUAUAUAAUCUUCCUCAAAAUUACACUUGCCCUAGUGUAUGUGAUCAAUGCAAUUACAUGAGCACAAGUUGCAUUUAUUCACCAGCAGCAUUUUGCUGUUCACGACAUAUUUAUAAUCAAAAAUUACGUACCUAAUCCUAGAAUAUACAUUGGAUUUUGCAUCAUUGAGCAAUUUACGGUCAAGUUGAAUUCAAAGUAGGUUUAUUUGACCAUGUGUAUAACGCUAGAUUUAAAUUUGUAACGAAACAAAUCAGUUGAACUUAUAAAUCGCUUCCGGGCUGAAAUGUUAUCGAAUGUAAUAAGCCGAAGUUUUUUUCUAGCAGUAAAUAAAUAUGAAAUCCGUUGAAUGGAUAAUACUGGUAGAUUGUAAUUGUUGUGUGACCGUCAAUGUUAUGUAUGCACGUGUACCUCACUGUCUAGAAACGAUAUUUUGUAAUUGAUAUCUUUUAACUUGCGUGGUAACUAGUUUAGUAUUUUAUUUACUCUCUUAUAUUGUUAUAAGAGACUAUAUAAAAUACUAAUUAUUCUGAUGUUAAGAUAAUUUGACCAUACUGGUGAGGUCACGCAUAUUUUUAAAUCUAUGACAGUGUUAUACAUGACGUACGGAGACGUAAAAUUUAGCACUCUUACGCGGACAUAUUAGCGUCCUAAUUUCAUAUCUCACCGUCUUGGAGUUGACGCACUUGUAAGUUCGUACUUAUCAAACAGCCGAUGUAGCAAAACAGCUCAAAUAUCACACAUAAAAGACUCGCUAAUUUAAAUGUUUAUCUAAGUAUACACAGAGGACUAAAUUUUACGUCUAAUAUAAUUUGUAAUGCUGAGCAUGUUUCAUAAAAGGUUUGAUUUAAUGACUUAGAUGUUAGGUUGCGUUUACUAUAACUAUAAUUGAACUAAAAUCAUGACAAUUCGAUUUUUUUUUUAUAUUUAAAUUGAUGACAAACUGACGAGCAUUCAGGAUAAUAAUUUACUGUUUAGUUGUGCAUUAAGUAACGGUAAUUUAUUUAGAAACGAUGAAUAUUUUUUUAUGUUGCAUAGAAAAUAAAUUUUAAGAAAUUAUAAA